AUGGCAAGCACUCGUGAUUCCCAUUCAUUUGCAUGCGAUGAAUGCCGUUUGCGCAAGUCAAGAUGCUCCAAAGAGCGUCCAGUCUGUCUGCAGUGCAGACAGCUGAACAAGGAAUGCAUAUACAGCCCCAAAGUCAGCAGGAGCCCUCUGACUCGUCAACAUUUGACCUAUGUUGAAGAUCGCCUCCAUUCGUUUGAAACAGCUUUAGGAAGGCUGUUUCCAGGUGGAGAUUUGGAUGCCACCCUUCGAUCUCUUCUUCAGAACCCGGACCCCCCAAAGGCUCCCUCAUCCAAGUCCUCUUCAAGGCACUCAACCCCGGCCAAGCAUGAACCAGAACGGGCUGAACCAGCACCGGAAGCUCUCCCCCAGCAAGCCGAUGGCUUUGACUGGGCCGAGAAGGAAAUCACCCUUGGUGAUUUGACCGACGGCAUGGCUGCAUUGUCUAUCAAGCCUGAAGGAGCUGGCUACUUUGGUGCCUCGUCAAGUGUUGUACCACUGCGAGCACUUUUUGAUCAUGGAUUCGAUCUCAAUAUACCUGUCCGCUCGGCAAGGUCAGGGGGUGUACCGCUCAAAGCACAGCUGCUCGAAAGUGCCCCGUCAGGGCUUAUCGAACAAGCUUUCAUCGACGCAUACUUCCUCAACUAUCACACUAGCUAUCCAUUCGUUCACGAGCCUACAUUCAGGGCACAAUUCAAUGAGCCAUCCCUGCGCCCACAUGGGACGGCUUGGCACAUUCUCCUCAACACUAUCCUGGCCCUUGGAGCUUGGAGCAUUGGCGAUGACAGCUCAGAUCUCGAUAUCACAUUCUACCAAGAAGCCAGAGGAUACCUGCAGCAGGCAUCCGUCUUCGAGACUGGUAACCUUACAUUGGUCCAAGGCUUAUUGUUGCUGAGCAACUAUGCCCAGAAACGGAACAAGCCCAAUACCGGAUGGAACUAUCUUGGUCUGGCGGUUCGAAUGGCCAUGAGUCUGGGUCUUCAUAAGGAGUUUCCUGGUUGGAAGAUCAGUCUGCUGCAAAGAGAGAUUCGACGAAGAUUGUGGUGGGGAGUAUUCAUCUUUGACAGCGGUGCCGCCAAAACCUUUGGGCGACCUAUUCUUCUCCCAGAGGACAGCGUCAUGGAUGCAAAACAGGUUCUCAAUAUUCAAGAUGAUGCCUUGACCCCUACAACAGCCACUCUCCCCGCCGAAUCUCCGGGUCCAACUAUCUAUUCUGGGUUGAUCGCUCAAUCUCGCUUCCAUCUCCUCACCAAUAGCGUUUACCAGCGCCUCAUUUCGAGCCCUAGUCUCACACCCGAAGAUACUCUCAAUCUGCAAAAACCAAUUGAAGAGUGGUACAACGGUCUUCCAUCAUACCUGCAACACCAAGCACAGGGGCCUCUCUCCACGCAGCCCGCCAAUUCAGACCCCGAUUUCGCACUCGUCCGAAACCGUCUGCUAUGGAGAAACUGGAAUCUCACCAUUUUGAUAUACAGACCAAUUCUUCUCCGGUGGGCCGCCAGACGCUGGGCCCCGCAUAGUAGCAGUAAUCCAGGCACUCCAGAAAUAGGAGGCGAAGAUCCUUGCGAGACAGAAUGCCGAAUGCGCUGUCUUCAGAAUGCCCGUUUAACCAUAUCUUCCAUCUCAGAGUACAUGGAAAACUUCAUCUGCACCAGACUAGGCGCCUGGUACAUGCUCUACUUCCUCUUCCAAGCCGGCCUAAUCCCAGUCGUCCUCCUAAUGACAGACCCGUCAAACCCAGAAGCCGCAUCCUGGGUCCAAGACAUUGAAACAACCAAGGCCCUUCUAACCCACCCCUCCCUCGGCACAAACCGCUUCGCAACCCGCUGCUACGAAGUAAUCAACCGACUCCUCGGCCCAUCAGCCCUCUCUGCUCCAGGAAUCCUCCCGGAGGGAGCCCAGCAGCACGAGGACCAGAAACCCCCUUUCCAAAUGAUGCCCCAGCAGCAACAGCAGAACUUCAUGCCGUUCCCCGGGCAGCUAUUUAAUGACCCUGGUUUCGGCGGGAGUUUAUUCCCCGUCGAACAGCAGAUGCAGAUGCAUAGUCCCGCCGGAAUGGACUUUUCAGAAUGGGUGAAUUUCCCGCCUGCAGAAUGA